AUGGCUCUGCUCGUAGCACCCUACACCAAUGCCAUGCGGCUUGGGCAAGGAUUUAAUUCCUACACGCAACAAAUCUGUGUGGACGAUGCCGUGUUUGCGGAUCGGUUCGAAGGCAUGGCGACCAGCGACGAGAAGUACAACUUCGACGCCAGCGGAGCGAGGGGCCCAAGCCAGACGGUCACAUACUCGAGCAGAUUCAUCGACAGGCUCAGCGAUGUCACGGAGGACAUGGCCAUCUCUGGCGCGCUCUCGGUCAAGAUGGCCAAGAUUGGCGGCUCUGGUCGAGGAUCGUUUGUGGAUUCGGACAAGUUCAAGGAGAGCGACCUCAACUUCUACAUUUCCGUCAAGGUCGUCAACCAGACGGUCAACUUCAAAGACGCCCUUGUCUAUAAUCCCAUGCGCUCUGUGGGCAUCGGCUCAGAUGACUUCAACAAGGUCUACGGAGACAGCUUCAUCUCUGGCUUCCAAGAAGGAGGCGAGUUCAACGCCAUCAUCAGCAUGAAAGUGCACAACAAGGCCAAGCUGCUAGACAUCCAGGCCGAGGCAAAGGUCGCUCUGACAGCUGGCCCAGUUGAUAUCACCGCAGAGGCCAAUGUGGGCAUCGCCAGGACCAACCUGGAGAUGAACACCGAGACCACCAUCCAGGUGAGCUGGUGCGGUGGUGGCCACAUCAAGCCGAUGGAGCAGCCAUGGAACAUCCAGAGCGUCAUGCAGGCUGCUGCCCGCUUCCCCAGCCUCGUUGCCGACUGCCCGCAGAGAACACAUGCCAUCCUGACCAAGUACGAGAGCCUGCGAAGUUUUGUCUCGCUCAAGCCUGCGCAAUAUUCUCCUCUCCAGUAUGAGAAUGCGCAGAUCUACACCAACGUGCUGAUGGAUGCCUUCAUGUCGUACAAGUCCCUGUACAAGAAGCUCGGA